GUGGUUGCUGAGUACCAAGUGACGCCAAGAGUACCAGCUGAGUACUUGCUUUCUUCUGUGCUUGUCGGGAUUAAACGUUAAGUAGCACUUGGUUUGAGUACAGCUGUUAAGUAUUGUGCAGCCGCAGAUCACAGCUCCAGAGCUUUAGCUGCAGCCCCUUUGCACAACCUCCAGACUUGACGAGAAAUUGUCACAAAUCGGAGCCCUGGCUCGUGGAGACACCUAGCUGGAGCGAAUGGGUGGAUGUCACAGUUCUCCGCUUCAGUUUUGGGUAGCAGGGGUGUGGGGUGAACACCGAUCGCAGGAAAGCUAGACUGAGGGGUGUGACCAUCCUUGUGCAGACCAGGAUUCCUAGGCAGAGCGAAAGCGGCCUGAAUUCCGGGAUGGGAAGAUUUAGCCACCUGGUGACCAUGAGUGAAUGGACUAAGAAGAGCCCGUUAGAAUGGGAAGAUUACGUUUAUAAAGAAGUCAGAGUACUAGCGAGUGAGAAGAAGGAGUACAAAGGAUGGCUUUUAACCACAGACCCGGUCUCUGCCAAUAUUGUCCUUGUGAACUUCCUUGAAGAUGGCGGCUUGUCCGUGACUGGAAUUAUGGGACAUUCUGUGCAGACUGUUGAGAUUGUGGGUGAGGACCACAGAGUGAGAGAGAAGCUGGCGCGCUUGUUCACGUCUGGAGACUGUGAGGCCUACAGCCCCGAGGACCUGGAAAAGAGAAAGAACAGCCUGAAGAAGUGGCUUGAGAAGAACCACAUCCCCAUCGCUGAACAAGGAGAGUCACAGAGGACUCUGUGUGUGGCUGGGGUCUUGACUAUAGACCCACCAUACUGUCCAGAGAAUUGCAGCAGCUCUAACGAGAUUAUUCUGUCCCGUGUUCAGGAUCUUAUUCAAGGACACCUUGCAGCUUCCCAAGGAGAGGCCGCGAACUGUGGGCACACUGAUUAAAAUGGACUUCAUUUCUUUGUUUCUUCAUCCAAUGUUAUGAAUGCAAGCCAUGGUAUUACAGGACUUCGCAGGUA